AUUGAACGAAAAAUUAAGAUUCUUUUAUUUAUUAAAAUUUCUUCUUUUAUACUUUUAACCUGGACAUUCUAUUUUAAGAAUGAUGUAGUAUAAUAACAUUAUUUGAGAAUAUUUGGAUUAUUAUCAAUUUUAGUGUUUUGUUUUUAUUAAUAAACUUUGUUAGAAUAAAUAUUUUAUUCUUUAAUUAACAAAUAUUUACUAUAUUUUUUUUAGUCUAUAUUUAAGAACUUUCUGGAUGAAAACUAGAAUCCUAAUAAAUAAUUAGAUGCAAGAACAUAUAGGAUACUAGCAAAAUAUAAACAGGAUAAGGAUUCAAGUUUUGGAUGUUUAAGAGAAGAUAUACCAAAUUAUGUAUCGCACAAAUCUAAUAAUGAAAAAAAGUCUACAGAAAAAAAAUAACGAUAAAAUAGCAGUUCAACAAUGAGCGUAGGAGGCUAUAAGGAAUAUAGUAAAAAUAAAUCUUGUAUGCUUGAAACAAAAAAAUAUUCCCGAAUAAAAGAGCUUGAUUAUAUAGAGUUUCUUAAAAAAAACAUGAUAUUUACUGAAAAGAUUUAUAAUAAAAUAAUACGUAAAAAAUAUAGGUUGCGUUUUGCUUUACUUAUAUUUUUGUUCUUUUUAUUAUUAGUCUAAAUAAUAUUAGAUUUUUCUUGUAAUUGGUAGCUUAUUGAUAAGUAUAAUGAUUUAUUGAGAAACCCUUUGAUUCAGUGGUUGUAAUGUUUAAAUAAAAUUUUGAAUGAAGCCUCAUUAUAUCUUUUAUUCAAAUCCAUUAAAAAAAUUUGUAAGAACAGAAAGAAUUUUGAUUAGUAUGAUACUGUUAAAUUCUAAGUAUCAAUUUUUUGGUUUUAUCUAAUAUAUUUAAUAACUUUCUUAUUAUUAAAUUUCACUCAUAUAUUUAUAGUUGUUUAUUACCAUAAAAAAGUUAAAAAAUAUGAAAAAAUUAAAUUCAGGAAAAGAUAA